AUGGAAAGCGCAGACCCGAUCACGAAGGCAAAGCUGUUCGCCUCGCAUGAGACGGGCCAGUGGACAGAAAUCGGGUUUGGUGUCGUCUCCAUCGUGAAGGAGCCGCUGCCGAUAAGUUCCGCGGAUGGCUCCAUCGGCGGUAGCGACGCAGCAGGGGUUUCCGCCGGAGGAGGCGGCAAGCGAGGGAAGGCAACGGACGAGGAAACGGGCACGAAGCUCGCGGCGCGGCUGCAGAUCUUCUCCACGGACAACCCCAACGACCUCCUCCUCUCCAGCUACGUCAGUCUGGACGACGUCUACACUAUUCAGGGCGAGACCAUUCUGCUGUGGUAUGACGAGGCGGUCAGCAACGAAAUCGCUUGCAGCUUCGAUGACAAGGACGGCUGCGAGUUCAUCUACCGCCAGAUCAAGUCGUAUCAGCAGUCGGAGCGGCUGCGCCGCCUACAGGAUGAGCGGGUGCCAGCGCUUGCGGACAAGUUCCUCGUGCACCCACACAACCUCGCCGGCAUUCUGGACGCGGCGCAGUCACAGAACAAGCGCUUUGGCCUCUAUGUCCGCGAGGACUCGCAAUACUUCACGAAGCUGGCACAGCUCUUCCACGCCAGCAGGGAGAAGCAGGACACCGUGUCGAUGGAGCUCAUCGCACGUAUCGUCCUCACGCUCUUUCAGUCCCCCUACAACACAGAGGGAAAGAUCGUCGCUCAGCUUGUCGAGAAUGAGCGCAUCGAUGACUGCAUCGACAUUGUGCAGUACGGCCUUGGCCGACGUGACAAGGCGAGCGGCUUUGUGAGCUUCGAGGAGCGGCGGGCCACCUUUCACGACCCGUGCCACCUGCCAGAGUCGAUGCUGCCGCGCAUCCAUGUCUUGUACUCGUGUGGGUACUUGAGGGACUUGAUACCGCUAAGCCUCGAGCCGGCCGAUGCGGCCUCCUACUCACUCCUCAGCACCUUCACGCUGCGCUUCACCAUGAACUUGCUGACCGACGUCGUCGCGUCGCCCACCAUCCUGCCUAACGCCUUUCGCACGACUGUGGAAGCGGUACGGCUUGACUCGCCUUCUGCGGACCCAGCAUCUAUCGAACCCAGCAAGGUGGUGCACCUGUUUGAGUUGGCGGCCUUCGUCGGCGACAUGGCCAAGACGGUUAAGAACGCGAUGAUCGGCAUUGACAUGCGCGCCGAGAUCUUCUCCUCGCUCGUGCGAGUCGGAGUUCUGCCGUUUCUGACGGCGGUGCUGGAGUGCGCACUGCGUUACUACGACAGCACGCUGGCGCACCCUCCAGCGCAGCAGUGGGCGGUGGAGCCGCCGCGCGCGGUGCAGCUCGUGUGCGACACCCUCUACAGCUGCACCUCGCACUUUCCAGAGUGUGUAGAGGAUCUAGUGGCCGAGGCGCAUGCCGUCCCGGAUCGGUGCCUAUUGCAGCUGCUGCUGCGCGCGAUCACGGUAGUUCGCUCGGGUGCCGAGGCGCAGUCCGUCGUUGAGGCCGUGCAGUGCUGCGGUGUGGGCGUCCCCCUGACGCUCGCCAUGUUCGGCGACAAUGCGCAGCUGGAGGCGCGCCGGCACGAGGUGCUGCGCUUCUGGAUCGAAGGCAACAAUGUGGACCGCCCACCGUUGUUUUACCUUGCUGCGCACCUCGUACAGAUGCUGGACCAGGCAGCGCGAGUGACGGUGCCGGCGCCCCCGCUCGGUGGUGGCGUCAACGGUGCUUGCCUCCCGCUCACGGGCAGUGCCCUUCAACUUUCGUUGGUGCAAGAGCGACAAAUUGUGUACGGCCUCCGUGUUGUCGCGGUCGUCAUCUCGAAGGUGGAUGCAUCGCGGUGCGAUAGCUUGCUCGAGGUGCUCACGCUGUCAAAGCUGAUGCCGGCGCUGGCCACGACGCUCGUCUCACCGCAGCGGCGGAUGGCAAACCUGCAGUCUUCUGUCACGUCUUUCCUGGCCACCGUGCUAGACCGUCGCGACGCGCGCCUCGUGACUCUUGCCACCGGUGAUCCGGCACCGAGUCUGCUGCAUACGGCGCUGUUGCUCUACCUCCAGUGUAGUCACCGCGGCAAUGUGCUGAGCUCAUCGCUGGCGCACCUGGUCGCCGCUGUCUGCGAGGGUGUCCACCGCGAGAAGCUCCAAGGCACUUCCUCCAUGAGCAGCGGCAGCUCCUUGGGUCCGAGCCCGUUUGUCACCAUCCUCCGCGGCGACGACUCGAUCAGCAAGACGGAGAAGACGUCCCCGGCAUCAGCGCCGACGGCGCGGCCGUUUGAGGCAGUGGCCACCGUCAUACUCUCGCAGUUCGGCGAGCGUUUGGCAAAGAAGGUCCCAGUGCUAUACGAGCGCCUGCAGAAGGCACUGGAGGAAACCCCAGAGCAGGCCCAGCUGGCCGAAGCGGAGACCUCCAGCCUCGCCAGCUCGGUGGAACGCUCUGCCAUGUCGGGCUUCGCUGACUUCGACGCCGCCGCGAUCGACUUUGGUCUCGAGUCGCCGCUCGGCACGCCGAUUGUGGACGGCGGCUCUGAGGCACGUCUGCACGGCCUGGUCCACUCUACCGCCGUCACCAGCGACGAGGACGGAGAGAACGACGGUGAUCCGCUCGCGUCCCUCAGCAGCAUCGACGACGACUCAGACAAUGAGGAGAUGGGAAACCCCAUACCACCAUCAGCGCAGCCGUCUGCGUCAUCGCCGAGCGCAGCCGACUCCCCGCCCGGCGCGGCUUCCACGUCAAGUGCGGCCGACCAGCGCAGCGGCGGCACCGCUGGUGUCUCGUCCCUUUCCGCCUCAACGUCUAUCGCAUCGUCUGCGGUGGCCGCCUUGGAAUGCCUGGAUCCGCCCAGUGGCCGGGGCUCGUUACUGGAGGAUGAGGAGAACCGCCUGCCGAGGCGGGUGAGCAUCAAGCGCAGCCGCGCCGACUCCGACAAGCUGAACGACGAUGAAGAAGAGGCGGAGGCGAAGCGGGUGCGUGCAGAGGAGUCCGCAGCUUGA